UUUCCUCUUUGCCUCAUCACUCCAAGACCCCUCCCUUUCCUUGACAUGGAGCUUGAGCUUAGUCUAGGCGAUCUUCCCACUCCAGUGAAGGCCAACACCAUGCCUGCGCCGGCGACAUGCCAAGGAGAAGACCACGACGACCUUGCGCUAGGGCUACGAGUAACGGCUACCGAAAGAGCUGGCCAAGAAAACCAGAGAACAAGCAUAGAAACUGCGGAGGGAGAAGAUAGCGAUGAAGCAUGCCCCGAACUGCCUGUCAGAGCAAGCCCUUUUCGCCAAGCCUCUGCACAAACAGCGAGUGCGAAUUCACGCGGGUUUGAUGUGAACGCUGCUGUUCCGGUGGAUGGGAGAGCAUCGACAGCGAGGUCUUUGUCACCGCCGUCCAUGCAUAUGGAGGUUCCUGUGACACAGGGAGUUGAUGAGGAAGCUUCAGAGGAUGAAGACAAUGGAGGUGCAAGGGUGAGGAAGAAACUGAGGCUGUCCAAGGAACAAUCUGCGUUUCUGGAGGGUAGCUUCAAAGAGCACAGCACGCUAACCCUGGAGCAGAAGAGCUGUUUAGCCAACCGGCUGAGCCUUCGACCACGCCAAGUUGAGGUCUGGUUCCAAAACAGAAGAGCCAGGACGAAGCUGAAGCAGAUGGAGGCGGACUGCGAGCGCCUGAAGCGCUGCUGCGACGCGCUGGCACGGGAGAACCGUAAGCUCCAACGGGAGGUGGCGGAGCUGCGCGCCUCCCGUGCCCCGUAUCCGCUCUACAAUCUGAAUCACCACCUGCCUGGGUUCGGCGCGGCGCUCCCAUCGUGCUCAUCAUGUGACGCCACCACCCGUUCCACCGUCUCCACCGUGUCAUCUCCAGGACCGUCGCCGAUGUCCACCUUGUUUCCCGGCAGGCCUCACUUUGGCCCCUUCACCGUCACCCACCCGGUGCCCCCCCUCCGCCGCCAGCCGUCGGCGACAUUGUGACGUGGCUGGCUAGCCUGGCCGGCCCGUUCAUGUUGCCUAAGUUAUGUAAAUAGCCUCUUGUGUUUUUGUCACCAGUGAUGUACAUACAUACAUACGUAGAAAGGAGUCAAAAACCAUGUGUACAUCUACUUUGUAAACUCUACAGUUUAGCCAUUUUUAUAACGGUAGAUGAGCUGAGCUCGCUUAUACUCCCUCCGUCCCUAAAUAUUUGUUUUUUUAGAUAUUUCAAAUGGGCUACCACAUACGGAUGUAUAUAGACAUAUCUUA